AUGUCCUCUAACUCUCGGGAGUCUGUCUGGCUCAUCACGGGAUCCGGUUCCGGCCUGGGGCUGGCACUGACACGAUAUGCCCUCUCUCAAGGACACAGGGUCAUAGCAACAUCGCGCAACCCAAGCAAAACACCCGAACUCGUGGAGGAAGUCUCAAGCCAAGGCGGUAAAUGGUUGGCUCUUGACACAACUCAGACAGUUUGUGAGAUCAAGGAUAUCGUACGACAAGCGGAAUCAUUCUUCGGGCGGAUCGAUGUGAUGGUCAACAAUGCUGCAUUUUGUGUAUUGGGGGCAGUCGAAGAUCUUCCAGAUGCAGAUAUUGUCUUGCAGAUGCAGACAAACUUUCUGGGUCCUGUCAGAAUCAUGCAGGCAGUUUUGCCUGGAAUGAGAGAGCGGCGAUCUGGAACCAUCAUGAAUGUGUCAAGUACACAGGGCUUUGUUGCCAGUCACGCGUGUGGCGUAUAUGCUGCGAGCAAAUUCGCGUUGGAAGCCAUGUCCGAAGCUUGCAGAGCAGAGGUUGCGGCUUUUGGUAUUCGAGUCCUCAUCAUCGAGCCUGGCGCAUUCAGAACAGGCUUUGCAAAUCCCAACGCUGCCAAAUACAUCGAACCGUCCAAACCAUACGCAGGGGAACAAGUGGUCAAUCAGAGACUGAUCCAAGUGAGGAAAUACCUUGGAACGGCCAUGGGCUCCCCGGAGAAGGCAGCAAAGGUCAUGUUUGAGGCAGCGACUGGACAAGGAGCGGCGGGGGAGCUCAUUGAGCAGGAGAAAAUACUCAGGGUCAUUCUUGGACCAGACUGCUGGAAGGCAAUUGACCUGAAAAUCAAUGAGCUGAGGAGGAGUGCCGAUCUCAUCCAAGAAGUUGCCGCAUCGACAAAUUUGUGA